UGUAUCGCAGUGUGAUGCUGACGACAUAGAGAUGCUGAUGCGGCUGAUGCCACUUUGUCUGCUGAUGGCGACGGUCCUCAGCAAACCUCUGGCACCUUCUCUCCACGUAGAAGUCUCCAUCAGCGAGAUAUUCACAAAAAUGCUUUCAGGCUCAGAAUUGUUCAACGAGGAUGUCAGCUCUGGAGCAAAUCUUCUGGAGAACGGAAGGUACCACGAAGGAGACAUCAUGAGGAGUUCUUCUUCUUACUCCACUUCCGGUGGCCACUCGAGAAGAAAGAGGUCCACAAUGAGAUACGACGUCGAGUAUUGGAAGGACGGGGUCGUACCUAUCCUCAUCAAGUACGACAGCUUCGAUGACGACGAGAUAGAAAUAAUUACCAAGUCGAUUAAGAAAAUCGAAGAUCAUACCUGCAUUAGAUUUCCAAAGAAGCGCAAGAAAGACAAGUCCUACGUAGAGUUGAGGGGAGACCUUGGAGAGGGCGAGUGCUGGUCCUACUUGGGGCGACAGGGUGGCAACCAAACACUUAGCCUAGGGGACGGGUGUGUAAUCUACCACUACGUGCUACACGAGAUGUUGCACGCCUUGGGGUUUGUUCACCAACACAGUUCACCGGACAGAGACCGAUACAUCAAAAUACACUGGAGCAACAUUGACUCGUCCAGUAAGUUCUCUGGCUGGUUCGAUAAGUAUGACUGGAACGAGUUCGAUGACUUCGGUCUGGGCUACGACUACUACAGCGUGAUGCACUACAGUGCCUACGUCGGCUCCAAGAACGGUAAACCUACCAUCACGUCCAGGAACAAAAAAAUAAAAAUUGAAGAAAGAAUGGACCUUAGUGAAACGGACAUUGAGAAACUAAACAUCCUGUACUGCGUUGAGUAUGUUGGUAUCAAACAGGACGGGUCAAAAUAUUACAAGUUCUAUGAUAAGAACAAAAAGUUGAAAAAAUAA